ACAUGUUUUUAUUAACCACGCGCACCAAAUUCAUACGCAUUGCAAUUCACCACAAACUCCUCCAGGCGAACCACCAAGAGCCUCCGGCGACGUUGUGCGAACCACAAACAUACUCUGGUAACCCCGAGCGGCGAACCAACCGCGUGUCCGGCGAGACCAUACUGCAACUUCGGUGUGACUCGGCUCUGGUGAGGCGGUAGAAGAGGAAUGGGGAUGAAGCAUAUUUGAGGGAAAUUACCUUUUUGUCAACUUUUUCCUAUACGCUACACUGCUCUUCCAAUCAACAGGAAUAUGGAUGCACAAGCCAAGAAAAAGGCUUUGUUUCGUGCUAAGUUGAAUGCCCAGAAGAAGGAGAAGCGUAUAGAAUCUCCCCUUGUGAGGUAUAAUGAAUUUGAUCAACCUGUUUGCCGGGUUUGUGAUGUUGUUCUGAAGUCCGAGUCUUUAUGGGAUGCACACCAAGUUUCUCGUAAGCAUCGUGAGGCAAUAAGUAAUCUGAAAGCUAAUGCAGCUGGAUUAACUCAACAAAACAAUGUGAAGCCUGUUUCAGAUGCCAACAUUCCCAAGGCUAAACCAGAACAUCCUUUGGGCUCACAAUCAAAACUUCCAGAAGGUUCACGAGAAGUGUCUAAGCCUCAAUCUUCGUCAGUGCUUCCACCAGGUUUUUUUGAUGACAGUGAUUCAGGAAAGAAAAGUUCUGACCAUUCAGCAGACUCUGACUUAGGUAGAAAACCUGGGGUUUCUGCUCAAAACCAGGUGUUAAACUUCAAGAAGGAGAAAGGUCAUUUUCAUGAAAAUAGUGUUGCAGAGUCAAAUGUUAGCGAGGCCUCAACGGAGAGUAAGCAGACAUCAGUUAAUAGUACUGAUACAGAGAUCACGCAAGUAAAAGGGAGUCUGCCUGAAGGAUUUUUUGACAAUAAGGAAGCUGAUUUGCGUGCCCGUGGCAUAAAGCUUGUUAAGCCAGAUGUCAAAGACGAGUACAAGGAAUUUGAGAAGUUGAUUCAAGAAGAUUUGCAGGAGGUUGACAACCGGUUGGAGGAAGAAGAGAUUGAUGCGGCCGAAAUGAUAGAGGAAGCUGAAUCUGUGGAGCAGAAGAUCUUCAGGGAGAAAGUGCAAAUGUUGAAGAAGAGGAGAUUGGAUCUAAAAGCUGCUAAUGCUGCAAAGCGUAAUAAAUCAUCCGAGGCUGUAGCGAAGGAUUCUACACACGAAGAGUCAUCCAGUGAUGAUGAAAGUGAAGAAAAUUUUGCCGUGGAUUGGAGAGCACAACACUUGUGAUAUGUGAACACUGUGCUAAGUUUUUUUCUUCUAUUUCUUGAAUUCAUGACUUUUAUAUAUACCCCAUAUCACAUUUUGGACAUAAAAUGUUAUGUACCACCCUCUUGUCUGUUCAUCAAUGAUUUAUCUUCACUUUAACCGAAUUUGCUUAGAGCUUCGGAGAUAAGGUGGUCAUAGAGAUUUUACAAUAUAGUGAGUUUGGGCUGAGUUAUGGUCAAA